AUGUCGGACCGGACCGCCCCGGGCUGCCGGCUCAGACUGGACUGGGUCUACGGAUACCGGGGCCACCAGUGCAGGAACAACCUGUUCUACACUGCGGGGAAGGAGGUGGUGUACUUUGUGGCGGGGGUCGGCGUGGUUUACAACACCAGGGAGCACAGCCAGAGGUUCUACCUGGGUCACAAUGAUGACAUCAUCAGCCUUGCGUUGCACCCAGAGCGCUCCUUGGUAGCGACAGGCCAGGUGGGGAUGAACCCCUAUGUGUGUGUGUGGGACUCCUUCACUGUCCAGACUGUCUCAUUUCUGCGUGAUGGACACACACAUGGCAUUGCCUGCCUGGCAUUCAGCGCUGACGGACAGCGGUUAGCUUCUGUGGGUCUGGAUGCGAAGAACACAGUGUGUGUUUGGGAGUGGAAGAGAGGGAAGGUCUUGGCUUCAGCCACCGGACACUCAGACAGGAUAUUUGACAUUUGCUGGGAUCCAUUUCAGCAGAAUCGUUUGGUGAGCUGUGGAGUCAAACACAUCAAGUUCUGGUCACUCUGCGGAAAUGCUCUCACUCCAAAACGGGGCAUUUUUGGGAAGACGGGUGACUUGCAGACCAUCCUAUGUGUGGCGUCAGCUAAAGAUGACAUCACAUACUCAGGGGCACUCAAUGGAGACAUUUACGUCUGGAAAGGCCUCAACCUGAUGCGAACAAUUCAGUCCGCCCACGGAGCUGGCAUCUUCAGCAUGUAUUCCUGCGAGGAAGGGUUUGCUACCGGAGGCAGAGACAGUUGUAUACGACUGUGGGACGUGGACUUCAAACCCAUCACCAAGAUUGACCUGCGGGAGGCUGAACAGGGAUACAAAGGACUGUCCAUCCGAAGCGUGUGCUGGAGAGCUGACCGGAUUCUGGCAGGAACUCAGGACAGUGAGAUCUUUGAGGUGAUGGUUCGGGAUCGGGACAAACCACUGCUAAUCAUGCAGGGACACAGUGAGGGUGAGCUCUGGGCGCUGGAUGUUCAUCCCAAAAAGGCUCUGGCUGUCACCGGCAGCGAUGACUGCUCUGUCAGAUUGUGGAGUCUGGUCGAUCAUGCCCUUAUAGCUCGCUGCAACAUGGAGGAGGCAGUGCGCAGCGUGGCGUUCAGCAUGGACGGAUCCCAACUGGCUCUUGGCAUGAAAGAUGGAUCCUUCACUGUUCUGAGAGUCAGAGAUAUGACAGAGGUGGUCCACAUCAAAGACAGGAAGGAGGUGAUCCAUGAGAUGAAGUUUUCUCCAGAUGGAGUGUACCUCGCCGUGGGUUCUAAUGAUGGACUUGUGGACGUCUAUGCUGUUGCUCAGCGAUUCAAGAAGGUAGGAGAAUGCAGUAGGUCCUCCAGUUUUAUCACACACCUGGACUGGUCUCUGGACAGUAAAGUGCUGCAGACCAAUGAUGGAGCUGGGGAACGUCUGUUCUACAGAAUGCCCAUGGGGAAACCCAUCAUCAAUAAAGAGGAGGUCAAAGGUCAGCACUGGGCCACCUGGAGCAGUGUCCUGGGCCCAGAGGUCAGUGGUAUCUGGCCAAAAUACUCAGAUUCAACACAGAUCAAUUCUGUGGAUGCAAAUCAUUCAGCAGGAGUGCUUGUCACCGGAGACGACCUCGGCCUCGUCCGGCUCUAUCGCUUCCCUUGCCUCAGAAAAGGAGCCAAAUUCAAGAAGUACGUUGGCCACUCAGCCCAUGUGACUAAUGUCCGAUGGUCAUAUGACCAGCAGUUGGUACUGACCACAGGUGGAGCCGACCAUGCCCUUUUCCAGUGGAGGUUUUUAUCUGAUGAUGUCAUGAACGGAGGUCUAGACGUCAACCUAGAAGAGAGUCAUGGGGACUCCAACAGUGAGGAAUCAGACAGCGACGUGUCUGAUGUCCCGGAGCUUGACUCUGACAUAGAGCAGGAAACACAGAUCAACUACGACAGACAGGUGUACAAAGAGGACCUACCUCAGCUGCGACAGCAGAGCAGAGAGAAGAAGCAGCAGGUUGGAUCUCUGAAGAGACAGAAAGGACCAGAUCAAGGCCUCCGACUGCAGUUUGUUCAUGGGUACCGGGGUUACGAUUGCAGGAACAACCUGUACUACACUCAGAGCGGAGAGGUGGUGUACCAUGUGGCAGCGGUGGCUGUGAUGUACAACCGGCAGCUGCACACCCAGCGCUUCUACCUCGGACAUGAUGACGAUAUCCUAAGCCUCAGCAUUCACCCACUGAAGGACUAUGCUGCUACAGGACAGGUGGGGAGGGACCCAGCCAUCCAUGUGUGGGAUAUCCAGACUCUGAAGUGUCUGUCGUUGCUCAAAGGCUUUCAUCAGAGAGGGGUGUAUGCGCUGAGCUUCUCAGCUGAUGGAAAGAGUCUGGUUUCUGUUGGAGUCGAUGACGGACACUCGAUCGUUGUUUGGGACUGGAAGAGAGGAGAGAAACUUGCUACAGCUCGAGGUCAUAAAGAGAAGAUCUUUGUGGUGAAGUGUAACCCCAUGUUGAUGGACAAACUGGUCACUGUGGGAAUCAAACACAUCAAGUUCUGGCAGCUUACAGGUGGCGGUCUUACCUUCAAACGUGGUUCAUUCAGGAGCAUCGGUCGUCCAGAAACCAUGACGUCAGUGUGUUAUGGCUGCAGCGAGGCGUUGGUGUUCUCUGGAGCCGCCACCGGAGAUGUUUACAUCUGGAAGGAGCCUCUGCUGCUGAAAACAGUGAAAGCCCAUGAUGGGCCAGUGUUCGCCAUGUUCUCCCUAGACAAGGGCUUUGUGACAGGGGGGAAAGAUGGGGUGGUGGAGCUUUGGGAUGACACGUUUGACCGCUGCCUGAAGACGUACGCCAUCAAGAGAACAGCUCUGUCUGCAGGCUCAAAGGGCCUUUUGCUGGAAGACAACCCGUCCAUCAGAGCCAUCACUCUGGGUCACGGUCACAUCCUGGUGGGAACAAAAAACGGAGAAGUUCUGGAAAUUGACAAAACCGGACCCAUGACUCUGCUGGUGCAGGGUCACAUGGAAGGUGAGGUUUGGGGUCUGGCCUCCCACCCGUUGCUCCCCAUCUGCGCCACAGUCAGCGAUGACAAAACUCUCCGGCUGUGGGAGACGUCGGUCAAUCACCGCAUGCUGGCUGUCCGCAAGUUGAAGAGAGGUGGCCGCUGCUGCGCCUUCUCCCCUGAUGGAAAGGCGUUGGCAGUGGGUCUGAGUGACGGUGGUGUCCUGGUGGUUAACGCAGACACGCUGGAGGAUCUGCUCAGCUUCCACCAUCGCCGGGACGCCAUUUCUGACAUUCGUUUUUCCCCUGAUCCAGGGAAAUACCUGGCCGUGGCGUCACAUGACAGCUUUGUUGACAUCUACAAUGUGCUGAGCACCAAGAGAAUCGGCAUCUGUAAAGGAGUGUCCAGUUACAUCACACACAUGGACUGGGACACUCGAGGUAAACUCCUGCAGGUGAACACUGGAGCCAAAGAUCACCUUCUCUUCGAGGCUCCAAGAGGAAGACAACAAACUAUCAAAAACUCAGAGCUGGAACGGAUAGACUGGUCCAGUUGGACAUGUGUUCUGGGUUCCAGCUGUGAGGGGAUCUGGCCAACAUACAGUGACAUCACUGACAUCAACGCAGCAUCUCUCACCAGAGACCGAACGCUGCUCGCCACUGGAGACGACUUCGGCUUCCUCAAACUGUUCAGUUACCCUGUUCAAGGUCAAUACGCCCGAUUUAAACGAUACGUGGGCCACAGUGCCCAGGUGACCAACGUUCGAUGGGCUCAUGAAGACUCCACCCUUUUGACAGUAGGUGGAGCCGACACUGCUCUGAUGAUCUGGGCGAGAGAGCGAGGAGGCAGGAUCAACGCAGAAGGGGAAGGACCUUUGUUUCUUGAUAACCAGCCUCCUGUGGACAGCGAAGAGUCGGACGAUGACAUCGAGGAGGAUGGAGGUUACGAUAGUGAUGUUGCCCGUGAGAAGAAGGUGGACUAUGUGACAAAAAUGUAUGCUGUGAGCAUCAGAGAGAUGAGAGGAACCAAACCUCAUCAACAGCUGAAAGAACUGUCUGCUGAGGAAAGGCAGGGCAUUGUUAAGGGAUCCAGGCCUCCAGUAAGUCGAGCGGUGCCACAGCCUGAUAAACUCCAGAAGAACAAUGUAUCCAAGAAGAAGAGAGUAGUCGAGGAGCUAAUUCUGGAUCACAUCUUUGGUUUUCGAGGCUUUGACUGUCGCAACAACCUACACUACCUCAAUGAUGGCACUGACAUUGUUUACCACACUGCUGCCACAGCCAUUGUCCACAGUCUCACCAACGGAACUCAGAGUUUCUACCUGGAACACACAGAUGACAUCUUGUGUUUAACCGUCAACCAGCAUCCAAAAUACAAAAAUAUCAUUGCCACUGGACAGAUAGGAUCAGGUGACAUCAGUGACUUCCCAGGAACAACACCCUCAAUCCACGUGUGGGAUGCCAUGAGUAAACAGACUCUGUCUAUCCUGCGCUGCCCACACAGCAAAGGUGUUGGCUACCUGAACUUCAGCGCCACAGGGAAGUUGCUGCUAUCUAUCGGAGUGGAAUCUGAGCACAUCAUCACUGUUUGGCGCUGGCAGGAAGGAUCCAGAGUGUGCAGCAGAGCCGGACACCCAGACCGUAUCUUUGUGGUGGAGUUUCGGCCAGACUCAGACACUCAGUUUGUGUCGGUGGGAAUUAAACACGUGAAGUUCUGGAUUCUGGCCGGUGGUGCGUUGAUGUACAAAAAGGGGGUAGUUGGAACGUUGGAGGAUGGCAGGAUGCAGACGAUGCUGUCUGUCGCCUUCGGUGCUAACAACCUGACAUUUACGGGCGCCAUCAAUGGAGAUGUGUUUGUGUGGCGAGAUCACUACCUGCUGAGAGUGGUGGCAAAGGCCCACACAGGGCCAGUCUUCACCAUGUACACCACACUGAGAGAUGGACUUAUCGUCACCGGUGGCAAAGAGCGACCGACUAAAGAGGGUGGAGCUGUGAAACUCUGGGACCAGGAAAUGAAACGCUGUCGAGCUUUCCAGCUGGAGACGGGUCAGCAGGUGGAGUGUGUGCGCUCUGUCUGCAGAGGAAAGGGAAAGAUCCUAGUGGGCACAAAGGAUGGGGAGAUAAUAGAGGUUGGGGAGAAAAAUGCAGCAUCCAACCUGCUGCUGGACAGCCAUGCUCGGGGAGGGAUCUGGGGUCUGGCUGCUCAUCCGGUCAAAGAUCUCUGCAUCACCGCCAGCGACGAUGCCACCAUCAGGCUGUGGGAUCUUAGUGACAAGAAACUGCUGAACAAAGUGUGUGUUGGCCACGCAGCUCGCUGCGUGAGCUACAGCGCAGAUGGAGAGAUGCUGGCAGUCGGGAUGAAGAAUGGAGAGUUCCUCCUCCUCCUCUCUAACACGUUGAAGAUGUGGGCAAAGAAACGAGACCGCAGCUCUAGCCUUCAGGACAUCCGCUUCAGUCCUGACCGGCGGCUGUUGGCAGUUGGUUCAGUGGAAAACACAGUGGACGUGUAUGAUGUAAGCAGAGGACCAGGUCUGAACCGGCUGGUUUACUGCAGCGACAUCCCAGCGUUCAUCCUGCAGCUGGACUUCUCUGCAGACAGCUGCUACAUCCAGGUGUCCUCUGGAGUGUACAAGCGGCAGGUGUUUGAGGUUCCUUCAGGGAAGCUGCUGAGCAAUCAGAGCGCCAUUGACAGGAUCACCUGGGCCACGUGGACCAGCAUUCUGGGAGAUGAAGUUUUAGGAAUUUGGCCUCGGAAUGCCGACAAAGCUGAUGUGAUCUGCGCUUGUGUGUCUCAUGCCGGUGUGAACGUUGCCACCGGGGACGACCUCGGAUUGGUCAAACUCUUCGACUUCCCCUGCACAGAGAAGUUUGCCAAACACAAGCGCUACCUUGGCCACUCGCCUCAUGUGACCAACAUCCGCUUCUCCUACGAUGACAAAUAUGUGAUCAGCACAGGAGGAGAUGACUGCAGCAUCUUUGUGUGGAAAUGUAUUUAAAAGUUCG